CUUGUUGACAAAAAUAUCAAGUACCUAUACGGCAUGUUCCCACAUUUUGUGUGAAAAUAAAAAAUAAGACUAGUAGUUAAGGAUUAUAAAGUAAACGAUGCUGGUUUCGAAUUGUUUUCGUGGAAUACGGCUUACUAAGGACAUUAAUAGUCGUCACAUAAGAACAUUAGCGCCUCAAGCAUAUGCGUUGAUUGAGGGUUCUGCUAAGACCCUUAUAAAUACAGCUGGACGUAAACUGUUUGGACCAACAGGGGAAGAGAUUGUUCGGGAUGUUGACUUGGGAGAUAAGUAUUGUCUGAUCACUGGUGCCAACGGCGGGCUCGGACUUGAGAUGACGCGCUGCCUCAACGCGCGUGAUGCCCACGUCCUCAUGGCUUGUAGAAACACAUACGCGGCCAAUUUUGCCAGUAAGAAAGUCUGCAAGAACUUGGAUCGUUUGAGUACAGGUGAAGUAAACUUAGCCUCGCUUCGAUCUGUGAAGAAUUUCACGGACCGGCUCGUGGCAGAAGACAAAAAAUUCGACAUUGUAAUUUUAAAUGCCGGUGUUUUUGGUAUCCCACGGACUCUUACGGAAGACGGACUAGAAACAAUAUUUCAAGUCAAUUAUUUAAGUCAAAUAUACAUGCUCAUGAACAUUGAAAAACUUUUAGCUCCUAAUGCUCGCGUAGUGUUUCUUACAUCGGAGUCUCACAGGUACGUAAACUGGCCUUUAGAGAAAAGGCUACUACCUACCGAGGAGAUGUUUUCGCUGCCGGCAAGUGAAUAUACUUCAAUCAAGGCUUUCAACGUAUCCAAGCUAUGCUGCAUUUUCGCGAUGCACUACCUGGGCUACCGGUGGAUGAACACGGGCAGGAGUGUGUUCAGCGCCACCCCCGGUUCGUUCAUCAAAACAAAACUGUGUACCAAUUGGUGGGUCUACGAGUUGCUCUACAUGACCAUGCAACCGUUUAAUAAGUCUAUUCCCCAAGCCGUUGCCACGCCAUUGUACUGCGCAACUUCGCCCGAGCUGCAGGGGAUGACAGCCGUGCAUUUCAAACACUGCAAGCGUUGCGAGGAAAGCGAGCUGGCGCUCGACUCCCAUCUGUCGUUCCGGCUGUUCGACAUGACGCUGCGCAUGGUCGACGAGCGCGUGCGACGCUUCGAGAGCCCGCUCCUCGAGGGCAAGGAAAAACCUAAGCCUGAAAAAGUUCCUAAGGAGCCCAUCGAGGACGUCCUUAUCUCUAACUAUUCAGGUUAAUUAACUCGCUUCACUAACAACUAAUGGAAGAAGAAGCAGGACUGAGUGAUAAGGCUGAUUUAGUCGUAAGCCGCACACGGCGCGGCUUUUUGUUUUUCUUCGACAUUACGUCUCUUAGAUUAGUUGUCUGUGCCAAAGAGAAUUUAGACUAGAGGAAAAAAUAAGGAUCAUAGUAUAGUCAAAUGGCGUUCUAAAAGUGUUAAUCAUUUGUGUCGAAAGAUGGCAGUAAAUGUACUGACUAUAUAAUUUACUUUGACAAUAUUCCUCUAUUUCAAAUUCUCUUUGUCUGUGCUUAUAUACGUAGGUAACUUUUAAAACACAUUCUAGCAAUAAAUUAAUACGUGAU